AGAACUGCCUUCUCGGGCGGGAAAGAGACGCGGCACAAGGCGCCCCACGGCCCCAUCGCUCGCUGCAGGCGGAGGGCCGGGGGCCUCCCGCGUGACGCCUCGAACCGUAGAGUUUUCGGAAGGAGCGCCCUAGAGAAAGGGCGCAUGCGCGCGGCCGCACCACCCAGGGAACCGCCGCUGCCGCCGCCGCCGCCAUGACCUCCGCCUCCACCAAGGUGGGCGAGAUCUUCUCCGCGGCCGGCGCCGCCUUCACCAAGCUGGGCGAGCUGACGAUGCAGCUGCACCCGGUGGCCGACUCCUCCCCGGCCGGGGCCAAGUGGACGGACGCCGAGAUCGCCCUCCUGCGGGCCUCCGUGCAGCGCUUCGGCGACGACCUGCACCGCAUCAGCGCCCUCAUCAAGGACCGGACCGUGGCGCAGCUCAAGGCGGCCGCCAAGCGCAAGGCUUACGAGGACUCCGGGCUGCCCCCGCCGCCCCCCGCCGACUCCCCGAAGAAGCCCGCCGGCCGCAAGCCGCCUCCGCCCGCCGGCCCCGCGCCCCCGCCGGCCGAGCCGCCCGCCGCCAAGAAGACCAAGGUGGACUUGACCCUGAGCGCCCUGAACGAGGCUGACGCGCCCCGGGAGGAGGGCGACGGGCUGGUGGGCGAGGCGCCCCCGCCGGCCAAGAAGCUCAGCUUCGACCAGGGUAAGGGCGGGCGGGGGGCGAGUGGGGGUCCCGCUGCCCCCUCCUUUCCGGCUGCGCCGGCUCCGCGCUCUCCCCCUUUCUCUCUCUGUCUCUCUCUGUCUCUCUUGCAGACAGCCUGAACCUGGAGCCCGGAUUCCUGCUGACGCCCGGCGGAGCCGACCUGCCGCUACUCUCCCGCUGAGCCCCCGCCCUACGGAGCCCCCCCUCCCCGGCUUCUUCCCCCACCUCGGGCAGGGCCUGGUGGUAGUGGGCGCCCCACCCCAGGGUCGCCAGAGGCGUCUGUGCCUCUUGUUGUCCUGUCCUGGAGCCCAAUAAAGGCUGCUGUGCUCUG